AUGAGAAUAGCGUCCACAAAUGAAUAUGACAAAAUAAAGAAACCUCAAUUAUAUAUAAUAAAACAUUUAAUUUUAGAUCCAUUGAUAAAUCGUUAUACAAUAACGCCUGAAAUUACUAUUACUACUACUACUACUACUACUACUACUACUACUACUACUACUACUACUACUACUACGGAUUCCACUAAAAGUAAAGAAUUGGACUAUAACGUACAACACGCGACCGCUUAUCAAUAA